GAGGGAGGGUAGAGUUUCAUCUUAUUGUUCCUGCUGCUGCUGCACCGGUCUGCAAGAAAUAUCAGGUGUCUCCAUGAGCAUAUGUCACUGUUUUCACACCACCUUAACAAGCAGGUCUUUGGAGAACAACACCUUAUUUUUAGCUUAAAUGUGUGUGAGAGGAAGAGAGAAAAAAGCCCCAGAACGUGGAUAGUGCUGCAAGCUGUGAUGAUGUCAGUGCCAGUGUCGUCAUAUUUCCACCGGGCACCGUCCAAACGGACUGAUUUGUAAAAAGGUGGAUGAAGCGCUUUCAGGCUGAAGCCGCUGUUGUGUAACAGACGUGCCAGGCGGUAGGUUGGUAGGUAGGCAAUCGUGUUUAUCCGCUUGAAGAAAAAAAUGAGAGGGAGGGAGCGAUGUGGAGAGAGAUGGAGCGGACGGAGGGGGCGUGCGUCUCCGUACUAGCUCGUGGCUAGAGAGCUGGCAGAAGUACAAGGCUGCUCAACCUCCAUGUAUGUCGGUACAGUAGCGGCUUCACCUCCAUUCUGCGGGGGAAAAGGGGUGAUUCUGGGCUAGACUUUCACCCCACCGCUGACUCGGUAUGUCCUGGACUUGAUAUCCUGCCGCAGCGGACGCCAUCGGAGAGGAGCCGCACAGAGAUACAGAACCACAGUGGAAGGAUGGUGUUACAGACCGACUGAGGCAUCCAGAGGGACCAGUACCUGCUCACCACUCAGAGGCUAACCAUGGCUCCCAUGUCCCUACCAUUCCUAGUGUUCCUCCUUUUCUUCCUCCAUAUUUCAGAUGCUCAGACCAUCAUAGGCUUGUCCUCCUCUUUCUCUCCUCUGGACCUGCCUAACAACCCUUCACCUCCACCAACCAAGCAGACUGCUCGAUUCUGGCCCUCUUUGCCUCCCAGAGGGCGCAGCGAUGUACCCAUCAGAGUUACAGUCCGGGAUAGGUUAACAACGAGAAAUACGGUGGAGCAGGGGCAAAGAAUCACCCGCCCAACCACGCAACACAGUCCCUCUUUUAUAUCUGCACUUUCUACGCAUAACCUUAGCAGCGGGCCAAUUGUAACACAACCAACUGCCUCCAGACCCAGGACUGACACGGCUAGUUUAGCAUUCAGCCGGGCUCGCACAAAGGGAGAUGCUCCUACAAAAGGCUAUGCUCCUCCUCUGCCCACUUUGCCGUCCACUGCUGUCGCUGAGCCUCCAGGUGAUAAGCCAGUGAUAGCCGGGAAAGCAGAGGAAGGACCGGUCAAAGAGAUGGAGGAUGGUGAUUCACAAGGGUUGGGAUCAGGUAGUUCUCCAACAGUGAUGCUUGUGAAGGAGGAAUCACCUGCCCCUCUGCCGACAGUUGGGGAUGAAAUGGCACAGUAUCGACCACAGGCACAGACUGUAAUAUCUAACGUUUCUAACAUAGAAACCCCAUCAAUGGACAGUCAGACUGCGGAAUCUCACCUGUUUGUACUGACAACAACCAGCACAACCAGUACGGUCUCUACAACUGUACAAACCAAGACAAGAAGCACACCGUCUCCUGUGGUAACACAGCAAACACAUCAGACUACAGUAUUAACAGGUGACCUGACAGCCAACACUCCCGCCAGUGACAGAUUUAGUCCAAAACGGGACUCUGCUGCUGUGACAUUACCGCAACCCACGUCUAACACCUCUGGUGUUGCUGAGAAACACCCACAGACUGCAGGACAGCCAGUUACUGCCCAAAGCCAGAAGAGUUCACAUUCAAACACAACGACACCACAAGUGUCAAGCACAUCUACAACUGGUGUGCUUACUACCACACAGGAGGCUGUCAGAACAUCCUCCAGGACAACAACCCAACUAAGCAAAACAGUACAAGUGGGAAGGAAUACAGCAAGCACAACUGUGCAGUCCUCGAGCACAGGGGCCUCUUCCUUAACUACCACCACUGUUGUGCCUGUCACCCGGUCAAGACUUGGACCCACAUAUCAGAGUGGUAUUGGUCAAAGGAACCGAUCUCUCCUCCUGGGACAUCCUCAUCUAGCUCCCCAUUCCACCACUGAUCCAGCCCCUACUCCCAGUGCUAAUCCCUCUCCUAAUGGCACACUUCUAUACUGGGGAGAUCUGAGCCGGACGCUGACUUUUGCCUGGGAACUGCAUGUCUAUGGCUCAGCAAGCCUCUUCCUCCUCCUGUUUGCUGGAGCUGCUCUUGGCCUGACCCUGUCCCCUGGCACAAACUGUCCUCAUCGGGGUGCUCUUGCACUUGCCAAUGCUCUGUUGUUUCUGGCGGGGGGCCUUAGAGCAGCUCUCUUUUUCAUCGACCCGUAUGGCACACGAAAAUUCCUGCCUCGCACUGCAGUUACAGCCCUCUACAACUUACCUCUACACCUGCUGGUGUGGGCGCAGGCUGCCCUGGUUCUGCUGGCCUUGAGGGUGGCAGGAGUCAGUGUGUUACCUUCAACUUUGGAGCGCCCUCCUUUGGUGGCUGUGUUAGCUGUGUUGCAGUGUACCCUCCUGCUGGCGGCUGAUCUGCUCUCCCCAGCCCUCUCUCCUUUGGUUCCUGUAACCCUACAGGUCCUGUCCCUUUGCUGGGGCCUGGCUCUCUGUCUGGGCUUUCUAUGCUAUGUCUUUCCACGCAUACGCUGCCCUCCUGUUCCUCACCCUGCAGUCCCUGGAGAGGCCAGAAGGAAGACUUGGACAGGAAGUAGUAGAAUAGGAGUCAUUCUAGGGAGAGUGCUGGCUGUUUGUGCAGUUCUGGGGCAUUGUGUUGUGGUUUGCAUGUCCAUGCUACUUUGUGGCUGUAUGGACUCUUAGGAGACUGGACACGCUUCAACUGGGGAUGGUGGCUUGUGCAUUUCUGGGCCCGGCUCCUUGAACUGGCCUGGGGGUUCUCACUCUUACUCCUGGGUUCCUGGGUGUUCUGGAGGCCUCAC